AUGGCCAUUGAUAAGGGCAAGCUUCAAGAAGAAGAAGCCUCAGCUGUUGCUCGUUUCUAUAGCAUUAUUUUGGGAUGGGACUAUAAACAGCUUACAAAGGAGAAUGGGAGGGAAAACAGAAAGGAUACUAAAGGGAAGUUGAAUGUUGUAAAGAAUACUUAUAAAGACGUUGAUGAUUAUUUCGAGACUUUUGAACCACUGCUCUUGGAGGAAGUUAAAGCUCAGAUUCUGCAGAAUCGAGAUGGUGAAGAAGAAUUGGUGUGUAAAAUGAGAUUGGUAAUGGAGUGCAACGAGGCCGAAGGGUUUCACAUUCUGCUAGUCACUUACGAACAUGACGAGGACGAAUAUCUUGCCCAAAAUGAUCUUCUAUUGCUAUCCAAAGAAGAGGUUAAAGGGAGUUCUUUUCCUUCAUCUUAUGGGUUUGCUGUAGUGGAAAAUCGUCAAAGCAAUCUUCUUCGUCUUCGGAUGUAUUUAGCUGAAGAGGCGGUGCAGAUAACCAAAAAUACUAAAUCCUCUAGAACAAAAUCAUUCAUCCAAGCUCUCUCAAACAUGCGUUCUCUUAUUACAUCGUCUGCUAAUCCUGUAGACAAAAGGGUAUUCAGUUUAAAGUUAUGUGGUCUAUCAACCAUUAUUCGGGAAUAUAUAGCACUACGAUCAGUCAGUUCGCUCCCUUUCAAGGAUUUAAUCUUUAAUGCAGCAGAAAAAUCGUGUGGCUUUGGAGAUGAAGAAUGGAUCAUAUCCAGACCUCUGCAUGAAUACUUUAACGAAAAUCUUAACAAAUCCCAAAAAGAGGCAAUUGAUGUUGGUCUAUCAAGAAAAUCCUUCGUCUUAAUACAGGGUCCUCCAGGCACUGGGAAAACUCAGACGAUUCUUAGCAUUCUUGGUGCCAUUAUGCAUGCUACUCCGGCAAGAGUCCAGUCUAAGGGUAGAGAGCAUGCAGUGAAGCGUGGAAUUCAGAUGACCAUCGAUGAGAAAUACAAUCACUGGGAACGAGCUUCUCCUUGGAUUUUUGGUGUCAACCCCCGAGAUGCUAUUAUGCCUGAAGAUGGUGACGAUGGUUUUUUUCCAACCUCAGGAAAUGAUAUGAAACCGGAGGUGGUCAAUGCAAGUCGAAAGUAUAGAAUACGUGUGCUAGUCUGUGCUCCAUCAAACUCUGCACUCGAUGAGAUUGUGUUGCGGCUUCUAACUACAGGUCUUCGUGACGAAAACGCACAGACAUACACUCCUAAAAUAGUACGAAUUGGUCUCAAGGCACAUCACUCCGUCAUGUCAGUAUCGCUGGAUCACCUUGUGGCACAAAAGCGUGGCUCAGCCAUUGAUAAACCAAAACAAGGAACCACAGGAACUGAUGUAGAUAGUAUCCGCACUGCAAUUUUGGACGAGGCUGCGAUUGUGUUCGCUACCCUUAGUUUCAGUGGCUCUGCACUUCUUGCUAAAUCAAACCGUGGUUUCGAUGUCGUUAUAAUAGAUGAAGCUGCACAAGCUGUUGAACCAGCAACUCUUAUCCCCUUGGCCACUAGGUGCAAACAAGUGUUUCUGGUAGGAGAUCCAAAACAACUCCCAGCUACUGUAAUCUCAACUGUUGCUCAGGAUUCUGGCUACGGUACAAGCAUGUUCGAGAGAUUUCAAAAGGCUGGCUAUCCGGUUAAUAUGUUGAAGACCCAGUACCGGAUGCAUCCAGAGAUAAGAAGCUUUCCGUCAAAGGCAUUCUACGAAGAGGCACUGGAAGAUGGAGCUAACAUUGAAUCCCAGACGACUCGUCACUGGCAUAAAUACCGUUGCUUCGGUCCGUUUUGCUUUUUCGAUAUACACGAAGGGAAAGAGUCUCAACAUCCUGGAGCAACUGGUUCUCGAGUGAACCUAGACGAGGUGGAAUUUGUUCUUCUCAUCUACCACAAGCUCGUGACCACGUACCCUGAGCUCAAGUCAAGCUCUCAGCUAGCUAUCAUAUCGCCGUAUAACUACCAAGUCAAAACUUUCAAAGAUCGGUUUAAGGAGAUGUUUGGUGCCGAGGCAGAGAAAGUUGUUGAUAUCAACACUGUUGAUGGGUUCCAGGGAAGGGAGAAAGAUGUUGCAAUAUUCUCAUGCGUCAGAGCUAACGAUACAGGAAGUAUUGGUUUUCUCUCUAAUUCUCGGCGUAUGAAUGUUGGGAUUACACGAGCUAAGUCUUCUGUAUUGGUUGUUGGUUCAGCUGAAACGUUGAAGAGUGAUCCGCUCUGGAAAAACCUUGUAGAGAGUGCUGAGAAGAGAAACAGAUUAUUCAAGGUGUCAAAGCCAUUGAAGAACUUCUUCAGCGAUGAGAAUCUGGAGACAAUGAGAGUGACGGAGAUGGACAUGGAUAUUCCUGAUGGACCGGGAUAUGAAGACGAAGCUGUUCCGGUGGCGAAUUACGGUGGAGAUAAUGAUAACGACUUUGGAGAUGGUGAUGCUGAUCAAGACGAUGCACCCUUCGCCGAAGAAGACUAA